GAGCAGCUGGGAAGCCAGGGUCCAAACACCGCCUGUGACAGAUGGUGCAGAAAUGGUCGAAGGAGGCUUCUCCAAGAGAACAGUGGAAGCGAUAUGUCCACCUACAAUGUCCGCCUGUACAAGGACUCCGACUUUCCAGCGGUCAGAAGGAUUUUUAUUGGUGGUUGCCAGGAGCAUACUACUGCAGCCUUCCACGGUGCCCUAAUGGUGCCACGCAACUGGCUUCUCCUGCUGGUGGUGUUUGUGCUCCCACUGCUCACCAUUGGGUCCAUCCUGCUCUCCAUCUUAGAUGUGCUCAUUGUGUUGAUCUUGUUCUGGUUAUCUGGGAGAGAGUUCUUCCAUUCCUACGGUAGGCAUGCUUUGGUGGAAGACUUGAAGGACAUAACAAGAUAUUAUCUGCAGCGGGAAGGUUAUGGAUUCUGGGUGGUGGAGUCCGCUGGGGAGGUGGUAGGGAUGGUGGCUGCUGUCCCCUCAUAUCUCCCUGGGGGAGAGAAACACAUGGAGCUGAGGAGAAUGUCGGUGGCUAGUACCCAAAGAGGCAAAGGGAUCGCUAAAAUCUUGUGUAGGACCUUGAUUGACUUUGCCCGGAAGAAAGGGUGUGAUGCCGUGAUCCUGUCCACCACAACCGUUCAGGUGGAUGCCCUGAAACUAUACGAGAAGAUGGGCUUCAGGUGUGCACACACCAUGGACUCACCCAAAUUCACAGACAGGCUCGCUAGAAUCACCUGGGUAAUAUACAAAUACGAUAUCAAGAAAAGCGGAUAGUUUUCUUAACUCUAUUCUUUGUUUAUUGGUUUUCUUGGAAUAAACAUUUUUUUUAAAGUC